AUGAUCAAUUCACAGGAAGACUCAUGCUCCGUAAAGUCGUCACAUCAACAACGUGAAAUGCCGAAUACAUUGCCUGGUGCAUUGCAUCCGAGCAAUCGAAAUGCCAUAGAUUGGAACUCGAAAGGCGCGAUCGUUUACGGAUCACACAAUUUGCUAUUUGUUGUGGAUGCUUUCACUUUUAAGCGUGUCCAAACAAUCGACUUGCAUCUCACUGCUAUUGAUCAUGUGUGCUGGUCACCCCCAUUUUCGAUUAUUGAACAAACCAGAGCCGAUGACCACCGAAUUGCGUCUUCAGAUAUCAGCGGCCAGAUCAUCAUUUCUGAGCCUACCACUGCUUCUAAAAGAUGCCAAUUUUCUCAUACUACCUCGAAUGUUCUCAAUAUGAAAUGGUUUGUUUGGAAGGACAUGAGCCGAGAUUUUCUGUUAUCCUUACACUCCGGCAAUUGUCUCAUUCUUUGGAAUACUGAGAAUGGAGAAAAAAUGUGGUCGGUGACGUAUACCACUGCUCUUUUCGAUAUGGCUAUUGACCCCUUCAAUACUCGCCAUGCUGCUUUUUCAUCACUGGGGUGUAGUGUAAUGUUGUGUGCUGACGUCAACCUCAACAAUGCGCCCUCUAACUCCUGCCGGACUGUCACGUUAUGUGAUGAUCAAGUGAAGUCAGCGUCCAGCGUUCAAUGCAUAUGUUUCCAUAGGGCUUAUCGCAGCCUUUUAUUUGCCGCUAGUCAUGGACAAGUACACUGCCUUCACACAGAAGUGUUCGCAAUACUCUUUUCAAUUAAUAUGGAACCUAAUCUUGUAUCUUUGCUGUGCUGUUCCACUCGUGACGCCCUAUUCUCCGUUCAUGCUAAUGGCAGCGUUUUGUUGAGGAUAGGCGCAUUCUCAGCCAAUGAUGAAAGAGCUGAUGCACAACUGGGCGUGGAAAAAGUGACUUCGGGCGAUUUUCAACGACUAGGUUCGCAGCAAAGAGCUGUAUGUGCAGCAUUGUGCCCAGUGACUCAGAACUCUGUAGCGGUUUUGUUCAGUUGUGGGAAGCUCGUUUUGUGGCAGUUGAUCUCUGAAGAGUCACCAGUACUGGAAUAUCGAGGGUCAUAUAUUGAUGACAAUUUAGCGUUUACUAAAGAUCUUAAUACAGUUCCUAUAGGGACCCUCAAUAUUCAACAAACGGGAUUUCUUGACGCUCUAUCGUCGGGAGUAACAUGCCUGCGAAUGCGACCAAUAGAUGACUUGGGGAAAGAAGGUGAUGAUUCCCUAGAUAAAGCUUCGUUUGGGUCGGCGCAUCUCGUUGCUGUUGGAUCACAUUCCGGCGUAGUGCACAUAGUUGAUGUGUUCAGCUGUGAUGUUGUUCGUGAGUUUACCGUGCAGUCAUCACCGAUCAAGUCACUGGAAUGGGGUGGGACAUACAUCAUACUCACAGCUGGUUAUAAUCACUCUCUGAGUACAACUCAAGUUGUAAGAAACGAUAUUUUCGCCACCGAUAUCCGAACAGGUGUGAAGCGCCGAAUACGUCCGGAAGCCGACGAGUCCCCAGUAACUUUACUGCGAGUUUCAUUUUAUCAGUGUUACUUAGCGUUAGCUUUUCAACGUGAACCUUUGGAAAUUUGGGAUCUUAAAGGAUUGCGACUUCUAAGAAGGAUGAGCAAAACCUGUCCUUUGAUAGUUGAUAUGGGACUGCAUGUGAAAGAUGGCAAAGAAGUGAACACCCAGUGGAAAAGUGGCGGUUGGUCGAUACGAACGAUGGCUUGGAAAGACGAUCUGCUAGCUAUGGGGGAUGCUGAAGGACGAGUAGUGAUCUGGGAUCUCGGACGUCGUCAAUCGCGUCAUGUCCGGGCUUCUCGGUUUCCUGUAAUGCGGAUGACGUUCUCUCGUCUAGCUGGUGAUCAUACACUUGCUGUUCUCCAUCAAAGAGAAUUAUCCCUAUGGGAUACAGAAGCUUUGACACGACAGCAUCAGGUAACGUUGGAUUCAUCACGAUCAGCCCUGGACAUGGAUCUUUGCGGUGUCUCACCGCUGCUUCUUACAAAUGACAAUGUGCUGCGGUACGCUCCAGGGUCCGCAAAAAACUCCCCGAUGCUGGAAAAAGAUAUUCCAUUGCUACUGAAUUACAAGAAGAUCGCAUCUACUUCCACCUCGGGAUCGGGGGACACGGUAGAUCUAUCGGGACUGAAGAAUCAAAUGCUGUGGAGCCGAUUUAUCGGGGACGUAGCCAUCUACAAUCUGCUAGCUAUCACCUGCUCAUCACUGUCGACAGAAGAUGAGCCUCAGCUUCCUCCAGAUUUGCAAAUGUUCUGGCCGAGCGCGUCUUUUCGGGAAAGAGAACUACGGGUGACAUGCGCUGCUUGCGGGGCUGCAAACGUCGAGGAAAGUCGACUAGUGGAAAGGGCUGUCGUCGCUGGUGGGAAAGCAAAGGAGCGAGCUGUAGAUCGGCUAAUCGGUUCCACUGAUUUGCGUCAUGCUAGUAUGAAAGCGGCCCUAUUGGUGUCGAGUCAGGAAUGUGAACAAGCUCGGUCACUGAUCAAGUUGAUUGCUACAAAUCUUAUUGCCUCUGAUAUGAUUGAAGAUGGUGUUGAGUUGCUGUUCCUAGUGAAAGCGGGAGGUGACGCUUGUAAAUAUCUCCAGUCACAACGGCAGUGGAACAAAAGUAUCGUAUAUGCUAAGAUGGGUUUGGAGGAUACGGAAGAUGUGCUCAGUAAAUGGAUAACUCAUUUAUCAUUUGAUCAAAAAACUCAAUUUAUAUAUGCUCAAGCAAGUUUACGUGAAUGGCCGGACGUAGUGGAACUGUUGUCAAGUGUUGGUCAUUCUCAACUGGCGCGACUCAUCCUCAGAACCUCGACGUCAUCACCUUCCUCAAGUUCUCAUGGUGCUAAUUCUCCUAUGUCAAGCUCACGUGGUGCUAAUUCACCAAGUGCCGAUAACAUUUCGCGUACCAGCGAACGAUCACACCCUGAGUAG